GCAGAAUCCCCUCCUUCCCAGUCCCUUCGGGUCUCCUCCACGUGCUGCCUCGGUUUCCCUCCUGGGAAGAAUCCGGACCCUGCAGCUUGUUUUGGCUCCUCGACUCCUCAGGAAAGAGACGGAUCCUGCAAAGCUAGUGAGGAUGGAAGGGGGAAGAUGGACGGUGGACCUGGUCAGGUUGUCUCCCGCAUCCUUCCCCACUACCUCUGAGCAUUCCCUCCCAGGGACCUCCGAGAGAUCUGACGAGGCAUGUACGUUGCUGGAUCCUGACCAGAGAGCUCUGCAUAAGGAAGCCAAGCAGGAGAAUCGUGGGAUCAUGGACCCUCUUGAUGGUGAUGAAUUGGAAGGGAAGAACAAGGGAGACCACAACAGAAUCCACAUAGCGGAGAAGUCAGAUAAAUAUUCACAGUGUGGAGAGAACAUCCGUCAGAGCUCCCAGUCCACCUCCCAUCAAAUAAAAAGCUUCGUUCAGAGAGAAAGCCUCACUUCACACAAAAGAAAGAGUAGGGAGAAAUUAUAUCAGUGCAGAGAAUGUGGAAAGAGCUUCAGUCGGAAGGAUGGUCUCACUUCCCAUCAAAGAAUUCAUACAGGGGAGAAACCCUAUGAGUGCUUCGAAUGUGGAAAGAGCUUUAGUCAGAAGCGGAGUCUAACUUCCCAUCAAAGAGUCCAUAGAGGGGAGAAACCCUAUCAGUGCUUUGAAUGUAGAAAGAGCUUCAGUCAAAGCACCGAUCUAACUUCCCAUCAAAGAAUUCAUACAGGGCAGAAACCCUAUCAGUGCUUCGAAUGUGAGAAGAGCUUCAAUCAGAAGGAUGGUCUCACUUCUCAUCAAAGAGUUCAUACAGGGGAGAAACCCUAUCAGUGCUUGGAAUGUGGGAAGAGCUUCAGUCAAAGCGCCCAUCUCACUUCCCAUCAAAGAAUUCAUACAGGGGAGAAACACUUUCAGUGCUUCGAAUGUGGGAAGAGCUUCAGUCAAAGCGCCCAUCUCACUUCCCAUCAAAGAAUUCAUACAGGGGAGAAACACUUUCAGUGCUUCGAAUGUGGAAAGAGCUUCAGACAAAGGGGGGGUCUCACUUCCCAUCAGAGAAUUCAUACAGGGGAGAAACCCUAUCAGUGCUUCGAAUGUGGGAAGAGCUUCAGUCAAAGCGCCCAUCUCACUUCCCAUCAAAGAAUUCAUACAGGGGAGAAACACUUUCAGUGCUUCGAAUGUGGAAAGAGCUUCAGACACAGGACGAGUCUCACUUCCCAUCAAAGAAUUCAUACAGGGGAGAAACACUUUCAGUGCUUCGAAUGUGGGAAGAGCUUCAGUCAAAGCGCCCAUCUCACUUCCCAUCAAAGAAUUCAUACAGAGGAGAAACACUUUCAGUGCUUCGAAUGUGGAAAGAGCUUCAGACAAAGGGGGGGUCUCACUUCCCAUCAGAGAAUUCAUACAGGGGAGAAACCCUAUCAGUGCUUCAAAUGUGGAAAGAGCUUCAGUCACAGCACCAAUCUAACUUCCCAUCAAAGAAUUCAUACAGGGGAGAAACCCUAUCAGUGCUUCGAAUGUGGAAAGAGCUUCAGUCACAGAGCCCAUCUAACUUCCCAUCAAAGAAUUCAUACAGGGGAGAAACCCUAUCAGUGCUUUGAAUGUGGAAAGAGCUUCAGUCAAAGCUCCCAUCUAAAUUCCCAUCAAAGAAUUCAUACAGGGCAGAAACCCUAUCAGUGCUUCGAAUGUGGAAAGAGCUUCAAACGAAAGGAUGGUCUCACUUCCCAUCAAAGGGUUCAUACAGGAGAGAAACCCUAUCAGUGCUUGUAAUGUGGAAAGAGCUUCAGUCACAAUAAGACUCUCACGUCUCAUCAACGAAUUCAUACAGGGGAGAAACCUUGUCAAUGCCAUGAGUGUGCAAAGAGUUUUCGUUACAGAAGCCAUCUCACUUCUCAUCAAAGAAUUCAUACCAGGAAGAAACCCUAUCCGUGCUCAGAAUGUGGGAUGAGGUUCAAUCGAAAGGAUAUUCUCACUUCCCAUCAAAGAACUCAUACAGGUCAGAAACCAUAUCAGUGCUUCGAAUGUGGGAAGAGCUUCCAGGAGGGGACCAAGCUCACUUCCCAUCAAAAACUUCAUACAGAGGGGUAACCCAAAAAGAAAAAUAAUAAAGCAAAAAAUUAUUAAGCAACCACAGUUCUAUAGAAAAGAUAAAGGGGGGAAGAAUAACUAAAAAUACCUUUUAUCACAUUUGUAUCAUAUAAUAUGAUUCGUCAACACAUAGGAAGGAAGGCUCCCCAGCUCAACCCUGGGUGCCCCCCUCUUCUCCCCAUCUCUCACCCUGAGAGAUCCUUCCUUCCCUGCUAACCGUACCCCUGGAAAUAAGGUCCGAAAGGUGAUUUCGGACCGAGAAGUCAGUGGUGUCUGGAAGGAACUCUCAGCACCCCUCGCCAAGAGGCUGGGGGGGGGAGUCCUGGACACUGAGACAAAGAAAAAUGACUCACCCAGCAAGAAGCUGCAGCUCCGACGCGACUUUGAUGGUAAACUUUCUCUACCUUUAACUGAACCUGCACCGGGGGGGUGGGAAAUAGUAAAGAGGGGGGAAAGCAGAAGACAUUCCCCCCCCCUCAAAAAAAGCGAUAAAAGCAGCAAAAGCCGCUGAAGGGGGGACGGAAUAGUGGUGGGAGAAAGCAAAAUAAAUGGCAAAAUAACGCUGCCAGAGGAAAGAACAAAGUGAAAAUAAAAGAAAUCAAACGUAAGAAAAGUAAAUUGAAGCCACCCAUAUUUCAGCACGAUUUAAGUGCAUACCAUAGAAUUGUGCAUGGAGACAAGGAAAGCACAGAGACGACUGCUUGGGAGUGGCGGGAGUGGACAACACGGAGAGAGGACAGGAUUGGAGAUGGAGGGGGAAGCUGGUGAGUUGCAGAGUCAGUGGGGGAAA